GUAAAGGUACAGUUACACAUGCUCAUUACUAGCAUGCUAAAAAACGUGCUAUUAGUAUGCUUAAUAUGAGUAUGCUUAUGAACUGUUUACAUUUGCUAGCAAUAAGCAUGCUAGUUUUAAGUAUGCUACUAAAUAAGCAUGCUCAAAGCAAACACUCCAACACAAAUGCGAUUUUAGCAUGCUCUUUGUUAGUUCAAACAAAACCAUGGACGAUGAAACAACCAUCCGUACGGAGCUUAAUAAAGUUAUUCUUUUGCUAUCGUUGCAAUGCAUCCGAAGACUUCUCUCAGGUAGAAAGAGAAAAAACCAAUGUAAAAGGAAUAGGAAGAUUUGGGUCCGUGAUUGGCUAAGUAGAAGGGAACAACUUGGAGCAAGUACUCGAUUGCUAGUAGAAAUGCGAGAAGAAGAUAUUGAUGGUUACAAAAAUCAUUUGCGCAUGUUACCGCAUCAGUUUGACGAAUUACUAUCUAAAGUUGAAAGCGCUAUAAAGAAACAAGAUACACACAUGCGAAAUGCUAUUCCACCAAAAGUGAAACUGGAAGUGACAUUGAGGUAUCUAGCAACUGGAGAUUCGUUAUACACAUUAGAAGCACUUCACAGAGUUGCAAGGUCUACUAUAUCUCUAUUUAUACCUGAAGUGUGUGAUGCAAUAUACAAUGUUCUGAAGGAUUAUAUGCGGAUUCCCGGUUCUGAAGAUUGGAAACGCAUUGAACAUGGAUUUAGAACUAAAUGGAACUUUCCAGGUUGUGUCGGAGCGUUGGAUGGCAAACAUAUAAAUAUAUUCGCCCCUGAUGAUACUUCUGACUACUAUAACUACAAGGGCGCUCAUAGCAUCAUACUUCUGGCAUUAGUUGAUGAUGACUAUUGUUUUUCAUACGUAAAUGUUGGGACUAAUGGUAGAGCUUCUGAUGGAGGUGUUUAUCAAAAAUCUAAUUUAGCACAAGCUUUGGAAAAUAAUUCUCUCAAUUUUCCGGACCAAUCAGUUAUUGUGGCAGACGCUGCUUUUCCUCUAAAGUCAUACCUUAUGAAGCCCUAUCGAACAACUCCAACGCGUAAAGAAAAAAUAUUUAACUACCGUUUAUCGAGAGCCAGACGAAUCGUUGAAAAUGCGUUUGGUAUUUUAGUGACACGAUUUCGAGUUUUUAUGGAUGCCAUAGAUAUGGCCCCCAAAAAUGUCGAUAGAAUUACAUUAGCUGCCUGCUCUUUACACAAUUGGCUUCGGAAAACAUCUGAUAUGUACAUCACGCAAAGAUGCGUCGACUUUGAAGAUACACAACAACGUGUUGUGGUACCAGGAUCAUGGAGGGCACAACUACGGACUGCUUUGGAAGGCUUACCACCUACACGCUACGCUAACCACGCUUCUCGACAGGCAGGAGCGAUAAGAGACAUCUAUGCGCAGCUCUUUGAAACUACAGAGGCGGUACCGUGGCAAGGUCAUAUGAUUUAAAUUAAUAACUACAUAGAAAAUGCUGUACUACUUAUUCUAUGAUAUUAAAUAAUUGUGUGUUACUAACAGUUACGUGCAUUUUUAUUUAAGUAUUGUAAACCAAAACUCACCA